AUGUCUUGUCUUGUAGACAAGAAAAGAGUUAAACUGAAUGCACUUCUGGAUGAAGUUCAUGAAUUUCUAGGAAAUGAAGUUAACUAUGAUGACCUGGAAAAUAUUCUGGAAAACAUAGGGUUAAGACUCCAACUGAAAGAAAACUCCGUGUUGAUGAAAAGUUUGCCAAUUGAUGCUGCUGGAAAGUUAUAUACGCAUAAGUUGCUAGAUGGCAUAAAGUCUCUCAAAGGAGUGAAGCUUAGCGUUGAUAAGCUAGCACCCUUCGUAGAAAAUAUGGGCUUUCAGCUUGAGAAGGAUGAAUACGAAGACCUGGUGAACAGCCUGUCCAUUGAUGAUGAAGGGAUGGUUGAAACAAGUGCGAUAAUGGAUGAAGGGAAUCUUUUUACAGGUGAGAAGGUUGAUACUAAUAACCUGGAAAAUUUUCUGGAAAAUAUUGGGAUAGAGCUCACAGAAGAUAAAGGCAUGGAACUACUGAACAAUCUGCCAGUUGAUGCCAAAGGAAGGGUAUAUAAGAACAAAUUGAUGAAAGAAGUGGCAUGCCUCAAAGGAAUGAAGGUGUCAUCAAGUAAGAUAGGAAAUUUCAUGGAAAACAUGGGAAUUGAUCUCAAGGAGAAAGAAGUCCAGGAAUUGAAGGAUGACCUAGCGGUUGAUGAUAAUGGGAAGAUUGAUUUGAAUGUGUUGAUGGAUAAAGUUAAAUGUGUUACAGGAGAGAAGAUUCAUACUGGGGAUGUGAAAAACAUUUUGAAAAACAUGGGAAUAGAGAUCACAGAUAAGGAAAACAAAAAGCUGCUGAAAACUCUGCCAGUUUCUGCUGAUCAAAAGGUGUUUAAGAAAAAUGUAGUGGAUGCUGUGAAAUCUUUCAGAGGAGGGAAGACUAAUGUCAGUGACCUGAAAAAUGUUCUACAAAACACUGGGUUCAGACUUGAAGCGAAAGAAAUCCAGGACCUGCAAACCCAUCUACCAGUUACUGAAGAUGAGAAGGUUAGUUUGAAUGUGUUGAUGGAUGCAGCCAAAGUUUUUACAGGAGAAAAGAUUGAUGCUAGUGAUUUAAAAAAUGUCCUGGCAAACAUGGGAAUCGAGGUCACUGACAAAGAACACUUGAUGCUGUUAAAAACUCUGCCAGUCCAUAGUGAUAGAAAGGUGUAUAAGAAAAGAUUACUGGAUAGUGUGAAGCCUCUUGAAGGAAAAAAAAUCUAUGCCAGUAAGCUGGGAACUCUUAUGGAAAUCAUGGAAAUUGAGCUUCAGAGUGAGGAAUAUAAUGAUCUACUGAACCAUCUGCCAAUUGAUGAGGGUGGAAAGGUUAACCUGAAUGUGGCAAUGAAUGAUGUGAAAGCUUUUACAGGAGAGAAGGUUGAUGUCCAUAAUCUAGAAAGGGUGCUGAGGAGAAUGGGGCUAGUACUCACUGAUAAGGAGCACAUGGAGCUGUUGGAAACUCUGCCAAGUGACACUGAUGGAAAGGUGUAUAAAAAUAGAUUGCUAAAAAGUGUGAAGGCCCUCAAUGGGCCAAAGGUCAAAAUCAACAAAGUGGAAUCCCUUGUGGAAGAGAUGGAAAUUAUUCUUAAUGAUGAAGAACUUGAGGAACUAACGAUGCAACUAUCAACUGAUGAUGAUAAAACAGUUGAUCUGAAUGAUUUGAUGGAUACUAUCAGUCACAUCAAGGGAGAGGUGAUUGGUGUCCAGGACUUAGACAACUUUCUAGCAAGCAAGGGAAUUGAGCUCACAGAUGGAGAAAUGAAGGAGCUGAUACCUCAACUGGCAGUUAAUAGUAAGUUGUUUUUUAAAAAAAAUAAUUCUGUUGUCUUUCAAGAAGUGUGUCUUUGUUGUCCUAUGAAUAAGUUAUCUUAAAAAUCUUGUAAGAAAUUUGAUUGGAAUUGCUUUGAAUUUGUGGUUUUAU